CAUUCUGCCCUGGUCUCAUCUGUGGCAAGAGUCAUGGAUUCUGUUUCAUUCCACAAUUAUAUCUGUGACCUGGAUCAUAAUAGCCUCCCAAGAGUGGUGAAGAUCUGCUCUGGCGUCUACUUCCAAGGAUCCGUUUAUGAACUCUGGGGCAAUGAAUGCUGCUUAUCCACAGGAGAUCUGAUGAAAAUUGUGGAUGUCCAGCUCCAGAAUGUCAUCUGCCAGAAUGUGGAGGGUGAAGACCGUUUUGAGCUUCCGCCAGAUUUCAAAGGUCUUUUUCAACUCUGCUCAGAACCACCAUGUGCAAAACAGAGGAAAACUUUUCUUCCAAGGCAUCCUUCUUCCAAGGACAGGCUUCAACAAAAACUCUACACUAUGAAUGAAAUUUUGCAAUCGGCAACCAUGCGGCGGAAGAGGCUGAAAUGUGCUGAGCUUGGCAGGAGUCAGUUCCAGCUCUGUCCCCUCUACAAGGUGAAAGUAAUAAUGCAUUUUCGAAAUGAUGUUGUGAAAAUUGACUCAGCGCUGGAUGUCGAAGUGGUGGACGUCACUGAAGAAUCACAAAACGUUCAUUUCAUUAAGCCUCUGAUGCUGAGUGAGAUCCUGGAGAUGGAGAGUUUGCUGCCAAUGGAGGCCGAGCUCCUUGAGGGCCCUAAGGGGCUUCCAGUCUUCCAAAGCAGCUGGGCUUCCUACCUCCGGAAGGGCUGCCGGAUUCACAUCCACCGCAAGACGGCAUCACGAAAGAUCCUGGCCUCAUCCAGUAAAGGAAAGUCGGGGACCUGCCACUUCCUCAUCUCCAGCCAUUGCAAGGGCCUCUUCCGCCGACGCCCACGCAAAUUCUCCUCCACUUCAGAAUUGGCCCUCAGCUUGGCCACAGGCAAGACACUGCAGGUGGUGGUCACCAGGGACUAUGAGAACGGGGAUGGAGAGUUUCCUCUGUUCAGUGUGGGGGACCGGCUAGAGGUGCUGAGCCUGGAGAGAGCCGGCGAUCUUUCGGCCAGGGACGUGCUCGUGUGCUGGAGAGACAACGGAGACGAAGACAAGGAGCAGAUCUGUGUGCCGCUCUUCUUGGAUGCUGGCUUUGUGGAGGACGUCCGUGACAGUAGAAGAUACAGCCUGGAUGAGGCAAUAGAAGAUUUCCAACUGCCUUGUGAGGUCAAAGUGAUGGCCAGUGACUGUGUACCUAACCUUCUCAGCAGCUGCUCAGUGCUGACCUUGGAGGCCCAGGUCCAUGCACCGUUUCUGACGGCGAGCCUGGCUGAGGAGCCUCAUCUCGCCUUUGAGAUCCCUCCCCGCUGGAUGGACAUGUCUGUCUUCCUCACCAUGAACCCAAUGAAGCCAGCACCUUGUAGCAGCAUCCCGAGUGUAGAAGAGCUGACGGAGGCCUUUUAUUAUAAUUUGCUAAAGGAGCUGCCCAGCAAUACCCCAGCACCACCAAGACCUCCAAAGCGAGGGGAGUCCAGACUCAACAAGUGUCCCCAGAAAACCCCGGAAGGAAAGAGUUCAGCAGAAGUCUUUAAGCCGCUGCUUUCUGGCAAUUCAAGGCAGGUGUCUCAAAAUCCUGCAGAUCAACUGAGCCCUGGACCCGAGAAAAUAAGCAAAGGCUGGGGUAUCAGGAGGAAUCCAAACCAGUACAGCAUAAAUUAUGAGCUUCAGUGGAGACAGCAGCCCACCAAACAAGUCACAGAUACAUCUUCCAGUAAUGAUCCUGACCAUGACUAUGAAGAAGUUGACAAGAUAGAAAAAAUUGCUUGCAAAAUGCAAAGAGCUGCUAUUAAACACUGAGACUUUUGUCUACCAAGCUACAGGCCUGGUUUUGCCCUUCUUCCUAUCUCCCUACUGUCAGAAAAGGAGUUGCAGAUUCACUUUUUCUUCAUUAUUUUGACAAGAAGCAGUGGCCUUGCUUUCGAGACAAUGGCUGAGAGAAACUGUGGUUUGCCAAAGCUCGCAUAUUUGAACCAUUUCCCCUUUCUCCAGAAUGUGCAACUUCCUUUAGAAUCUAGCUGCUCUGCUGCAGUUCUCAUACUUGGUAGUGAAGCAUCGGUUAAAGCAAGCCUGGUUCCAGCUGGAGGCCUAGCAGAAACAAAACUGCCGGUGAUCCAAGAAAUAAGGAAAAUGUCAUGUCCUUUGUACACUUAAUGUUGGCAACAAAAAGGAUUUUUUAGUAGUUUCCUGCUUCAUCGAAUAAACAAAGUUAAGAUCAAGGCAGCUACUCAGAACGCCACACAGUGACCUCAGCAUGCUGUCAGAACACCUAGGGGUGUAUUCCUAGCCCAAAAGCUGCAUUUAAUGAAAAUAAGCAGGGCCUGUGAGAUUCUGCAGUCCUAAUCAAGGUGCUAGUCCUGUCCUCUAACAAGCUAUGCUGGACUACUUACAUAAAGAUGUUCAGGGUUUCUGUAGAAGCCUGCCCAUUUCAAAACUGCAGGUUUUCACUGCAUUGGUAUUGCAUGUUGACAAGGGCUUACUUUUAGCACACAUCUUCCCUGAUCGUUAAACUUCCAGCCUGGACUGAAUAGGCGUUUGUAAACUACAUUUUAAGUCACACCAGUGGAAACUACCUUGUUGGUCUUAUCUUUAUUGGAGUCCAAAUACAAAGUCUGUGUUGUCA